AUGAAUGAAGGAGCAGCCUCAUCCGUGGAUGCCUCUGCGACGCCGGAGAGAAAUUUGAGCUGUGUCGACGAGGACCGAGAACGACUUCUGUUCCGUGUAUUGCCGGUGACGCUAUACGGAGGUGGGAAGCAGGUGGAUACGUACGCUCUUCUGGAUGAAGGUUCUUCGGUGACGAUGGUCGACAACGAGUUGGUUGCAGAGCUAGGCGUACAAGGAGUACGUCGUCAGCUGAACGUUCAAUGGUUCGGAGGCAGGGCCACAAGAGAGCCUACUAACGUGGUACGUCUGGAGAUCAGUGGAGCAGGCAAGUCCUCCCGACAUGUGCUGAGGAACGUCUAUGCCAUUUCGAACUUGAGUCUGCCGAUGCAGAGCCUGCACAGUAGGGAUGUUAGGAGCGUGAACAAGGACGCUCAAUUACCAAUGAAGCCCUACGUAAAUGCAGUGCCGAAGCUGCUUAUUGGUUUGGACCAUGGGCAUCAAGGACUGCCGUUGAAAACGAGACGGUUUGCCAGCGAGGGACCGUACGCGGCCGCAACCGAAUUAGGAUGGGUUGUUUUUGGGCCUGUAGAAGGACGACGAGACACGCCAUCACAGAGGUCUUAUCUGCUAGCCACGUCGUUGGAUGAUAACGUGGAACGGAUCGUCGAGGACUACUUCGAGAUCGAGAACUUCGGUGUGAAGGCGGCGCCAGCGGCCGCAGCCAGCGACGACGUGAGGGAUCAGAAGAUCUUGGAGGAUACUACGGUGCGAGUUGGCCGCCGAUACCAGACGGGAUUAUUGUGGAAAACGGAUAACAUUGUGCUGCCACGUAGUUAUGAUAUGGCGUACAACAGAUUGGUCAACAUCGAGAAGAAAAUAAAGCGAGAUGGGCAGUUCGCCCAAGAAUAUUCACGGAUUGAGAUCGAUUCGGGAAGCGAUAGAACAUGGUACUUGCCACAUUUUGGUGUGGAGAAUCCCAACAAGCCAGGGAAGAUCCGAUUAGUAUUCGACGCAGCGGCACGAGUUGGAGGAGUAUCGCUGAAUUCUGCGCUGAGCAAGGGGCCGCAACACUAUAAGGCCUUGGCAUCUAUCCUCUUCCAUUUUAGGGAAGGUGCCGUCGGAGUCUGCAGCGACAUUAAGGAGAUGUUUCACCAGGUGCUGAUCCGACCCGAGGAUAGAUGUGCGCAACGCUUUCUGUGGAGAGACGGGAAUGACCAACGGGACCCUUACGUCUACGAGAUGUGCGUGAUGACCUUUGGAGCAGCAUGCUCACCGAGUGCGGCGCAUCAUGUGAAGACAGUGAAUGCCAAGCGAUUCCUGGAUUCGGAUCCCAGAGCAGUCAAGGCCAUCGUGGACUACCACUACGUGGAUGACUAUGUGGACAGCUUUGCCACAGAGAGCGAAGCUAUCGAAGUAUCUAGCAGAGUGAAGAAGAUACAUGCAGAAGGCGGUUUUGAGCUUUGCAAGUUUUCGUCCAGUUUACCUACAGUGGAGAGGAUGCUUGGACCCAGUGAUCACGCCCAGAGUAUUGGAUGGGGUGAGGCCGAGCAAAAGAUUUUGGGAAUGCGGUGGCAGCCAGCCACGGACGACUUCAGGUUUCGAGUGAAGUACCACAAAGUCGCCCCCGUCGUGUCCGAUGGGAAGAGAAUUGCCACAAAAAGGGAAUUCUUGAGUAUGGUCAUGUCAACGUUCGACCCCUUGGGAUUCCUGUGUUGUCUAAUGAUAACAGCGAAGUUGUUGUUGCGAGAGGUCUGGAGAAGGAAGAUCUCAUGGGAUGAACCACUACCGGCUGAGAUGUACAACGCCUUUAUGGACUGGCGUAAAGAGAUGGAGAAAGUGGAACGUUUUCGGAGCCCACGUCACUACUUUGGAUCCGGGCUGGUGAAGACUAUCGACAUGCACGUAUUUGUGGAUGCGAGUCAGUCGGCAUUCGCAUCAGUGGUCUACUGGAGGAUCACGUACGAGGACGGCGACGUGCAAGUGAGGUGCGUGUGCGCAAAGACGAAGUGUGCACCGAUGCGAACGAUGACUAUUCCACGGUUGGAGCUGCAGACAGCAGUUCUAGGAACGAGGUUGAUGGACACAGUCAAACAGGACCAUAGUGUGGCCAUUGCAGAGACUGUGCUAUGGACGGAUUCAAAGACAGUGCUGCGUUGGAUUGGCAGCACACACAGACGCUACAAGCAGUUCGUAGGGAACAGAGUAGCCGAGAUUCUGGAGUCGACGAAGGUGGCCCAAUGGAGAUGGCUACCAUCCGCCGACAACGUGGCAGAUGAUGCAACUCGAGCGCAACGCAGCGUGGACCUAAGCGAGGAGUCACGCUGGUUAAGAGGACCGGCAUUCCUGAGGAGACCAGCGGGCAGCUGGCCAGGAACUGCACCCACCGACGAAGCGGAUGCAGAAGACGAAGAGGAGAUGCCGUGUGAGUUCGUGCUUGUUGGCGCGAGUGACCCUUUUAUAUCGCUGGAGAGAUUCUCAAGCUACAGGCGAUUGCUGUGGACUACGGCCUGGGUCCUAAGAUUCAUACGUCGAUGCCGUGGACAACGAGACGAGCUGGAGAACUACGGCCUCAAUGUAGCUGAGUGUGAAGCAGCUCAGGACUUGUUAUUGUAG